AUUAUAUUAUAGAGACACACAAACUAAAGGGGGAAAAGAAAGAGGCUCUCCCUCCCUCCCUCUCUACAUCCUCCUCUCCAUCUUCUCCUUCCUCCCUUUAUCUUUCCAUUUCAUCAUCUCCUUCUUCUUCCUUUCCCCUUCUCUUUUCUCUCUCUUUCUCAGAAGCUCUCUCUUCAUCACUUGAUGUGAUUCUCCCACCCCAUCACCCAAAAACAGCCAUAGCUCAGUGACAGGAGAAAGAAACAAACAAGAAAAGAAUUGAAGAAGCAAGAAAAGAGAUCCAGCUAGUGAUCAAGCAAAAGGAAAGGAGGAAAAAAAAGGGCAAAGAGAGAAAAGAGGGAGAGUGAAUUUAAAGAUCAGAUCAUCACUAUGGUCUUCCCUUCAUCAGUUUCAGCCUAUCUUGAUCCCUCUAAUUGGCAACAACAACAACAACAACAACAAGCUCCUCAUAGCUUGAGUCAAAAUCGGCUUGGAGGCAACCAAGUCAUAUUUCAGCAUCCCGACGGCGGGAACUACGGUGGCGCCGGGGGUGGGAGCUUAAACGGCUCCGCGCCAGGUGGCGGCGGGGGAACAAUCGCGAAGCCGAACUCGAUGGCGGAGAGGGCGCGGCAGGCGAAGAUCCCGCAGCCGGAAUCCGCCCUAAAAUGCCCCCGCUGCGAGUCCACCAACACCAAGUUCUGCUACUUCAACAACUACAGCCUCACCCAGCCCCGCCACUUCUGCAAGACCUGCCGCCGCUACUGGACCCGCGGCGGCGCCCUCCGCUCCGUCCCCGUCGGCGGCGGAUGCCGCCGCAACAAGCGCUCCAAAUCCACCGCCGCCGGCCGGGGCGGCAGAUCCUCCUCCUCGUCCGCCGCCGCCGCCGGCGGCAACAGAUCCAAAUCCCCCAACAACAAAACCACCACCGCCGACCACCACCACCACAUCCUCGGCCGGGGAUCGUCGUCGCUAAUCUUCCCCAACACGCAUCACGACCACAACAUUAACCUAGGGCAGCUUCUGGCUCCACAUCAGCUGCCCCUGCUGCCACCUUUGCACCAUCUUGGACAGCUGGCGGACUAUAAUAAUAAUAAUAAUAGUGGCAGUACCUGCCACGUCGACAGUGGUAGUGUCGGGGCGCUGAACUUCAGCGCGGGGGGAAUGAUCUCUCCGCCUGCUGACGUGGCGGGCGGGAAUAACAUAGUGGAGCAGUGGAGGCUGCAGCAGCAAGUGCAUCAGUUUCCCUUCUUCGCCAACCUGGAACAACAACAACCGCCGCCGCCGACGAAUACGGCGGGGAUGUCGUUGUACUCUUCCUCCAUUGGUCAUGACGAGGAGAUCAACCAAGGAGGCAAAAUGGAAGGGCAUAAUGGUAAUAACUUACUCAUGUCGAGGAAUUUCCUGGGCAACUUUUCGUCACCGGCAGUAGCAGAUCGUCACCAUGACGAGGAUGAGAAUCACAAUCAGCAGCAGCGGUAUUGCAGCGGCGGCGGCGGCGGCUGGCAGGCGGGAGGCGGCGGCGGUGGUGGUAAGUACAUGAACGGAAGCAGCCUGUGGAGUGGUGGCGGCGGGGAUGGUCUUCCCGGGUUUACUUCAUCUUCUUCUACAAGCCAUCUUUUGUGAUCGUAAAUUGAGGAGAUGGAAUUUAAUCGCGAUUUCCAGAAGAAUUGCAUGGUUGCAAGGUAGCUAGCUAGGUAGCCCGUGAGUGCUUUUCUUUAACUUUGAUCCUCAAUUGUUGUCUUUUUUGUUUAAAUUAGUUCUCACGUAUAUUAUCGAUCGUUUCCUUACUUGAUAUUGAUGCGCGCUAUGUGAGUGGUGACAGAAGUAUAUUGUAGAAGAUUCCUUAAUUACAAGCUACAUAGUUUUAUAUUCAUGGAUCGAGUUGGGAUAUAUAAUUUGUGUCUAUGUAUGUAAAUAGUUGUGACGAAUUUUGGUGGUGAAGCUACGUUUAGUUAAAUAGGGUU